AUGUCAAUUACGUUUAUUUUUAAUGUUUUCACUUUUAUCCAUAAUUUGACAUUGAGAAAGUUUGAAAGAUUUACUGCCCUUGUGGAAAAGUGUGAGAGAUUAAAAUGCCCAAAUAAACCCAAUUGGGUGAAGCCCAAAAUAGCAAACCCAAAACUCUCUCCUUUCUCCCCUUUUCAAUUUCACGUGAAAAAUCAAAACACAAAACCCUUCUCCUCUCACGUUGCUUCCCUUCUUCUCUCAACCUGCUUCUUGCUCCCUCACGCCAUCCACCAUCAACCAGUCGCCCAGCCACACAAACGCCGCGCCGCCCAGCCGCCGGCGACCUUCUUCUCCCUUCUCCUUCGCGAAACACCAUCACCCCUCCUUUGUUUCUUCUCUUCGUGCCUUCUUCCCUUCUCCACUUCGUUACAGCUGUCGACCACCGUUGCUGCCACGUCGCCUCCAACCACUGUGCUUCCAUCGACCGUCGUCCUCCCUACCGCCGCAUCCUCUCCCACCUACUGUCGCACUACUUCACAGACCACCAUCUUCCUCUUCCCUUUUUUUUGUUUUCCGCGUUGCUCUCUCGCAAGCCACCACCACCGAGGCUCGCCACCAAUCCCGCCGGCCACCUGCGCCGCCUGCCACCGCAAUUUCCCUGCUGCCCGCCGGCGUUCUUCUUCUCUCCUUUGGCGGAGAAUUCUCUUUAGGCGACUUUUGAAAGUGUUAAAGUGGCAUAUGAUCAGUUUGUUAGCACAAGUCUCUAAGGAUCAAUAAGCAUUGUCCAUCUGCAGGUUUGAAGAUGUUGCAUCAUUGGGAUCGGGAAUAGAGAGCUUGAAUUUAGUUUUGAUUUGCUAAGUUGACUUGGGUUUGUUUAAUUGGACUUUAAACUUGUCGUACUAUUUAUAUUCCCUUAUUUUCGUUGGUUGAUUUUUGGGACUAAACCUGUAAUCGAUUAUUUAUAAACCUACAGUUAGUUUUAUGUUUUCCGCUGCAAAAUUCUGAAUAAGCCGUUACGUUUUCACACGGGCGAUAAUGCCUUGAUAAUUCUCUACGUUUUAUAUUAAAAGGUUAUUUUAGAA